GAAGAGAGAUGAUAAUAAUUUCUCCCUAGAUUACUCUCGGCUUCUUCAAUUCCCAAUUAAUAUACAUCUCUAUAUUUAUUAGUUAUUGCUAUUUUUAUCAUGGUAUCAGAGCAAAAAUCCUGAAAAUAGUAUAUUUCCAAACACUCUUUUCCUCCAAAUUUGCUAUCCUCCUAUCAAACUAUGGCGGUCGAUGAUAAGACCAAAGCUAGUAGUCAAGAUUCCGAGAGUUUAGUAAUUGAUUCUAUGUCACCUUAUUUUAUUCAAUUCGGAGAUAAGCCCGGAGAUGUGUUCGUCACCUCAAUUCUUCGUGACGGUAACUACGGUGAUUGGCUCGAUGAGAUGAGCAACGCCCUUUAUGCAAAAAAUAAAUUUGGCUUCGUGAAUGGUGAUAUUCCGAUGCCCAAAUCCGACUCACCAUAUCUCCCGCAUUGGCAACGAGCAAAUGCAAUGGUGAAAGCUUGGUUAAACAGUAGCAUGGAUGUGGAACUUAGGCAAAUUGUGAAGUUCAAAACGGCCCGUGAGAUAUGGGUAGACUUGAAGGAACGAUAUGAGAAAGAGAGUGCACCUCGAGCUUAUGAACUCCGAUGUAUCCUUGGUUCCAUUCAGCAAGAAGGUCAGUCAAUAUCGGCCUACUUUAGCCGACUACGCCGUGUAUGGGAUGAGAUGGUCUCCAUCAACACUCAACCGAAAUGCUCUUGUGACGGUUGCACUUGCAACUUCUCUAAGCAAAUGGCGGACUCUCGCGACAGAGAUCGGCUUUACGAUUUUUUGAUGGGUCUAGAUGACACUUACGGUCAACUAAAAGGUCAAAUACUUGCCACUAGACCAGUUCCCACCCUCACUGCUGCAUACCACCUCGUCUCAGAAAACGAACAGCACCGGUCCAUUGCAUCCUCCCGCAAACCGGGCACUGACGGCGUGGCUUUCUUCACACGACCAAAGAAGGAAAUUAUCCCAAACCGGCGUCCAAAUGCAAAAGAGGCUAGAACUUGCUCAUAUUGUGGAAAGAUUAAUCAUACGUAUGAAACGUGUUUCAUGCGAGUGGGAUAUCCUCCCAAUUGGAAUCUAAAGCCUAAAGAGAAUAAAUUAAUAGGAGGAAGUCAUGAACCCAAUAUCCUUUUUCAACUACCGAAGGUGACACACGAGAAAUUUAAGCACUUUCCUACACGUGUUGCACACGUGGACAGCCAGCAAAAAUCUGAGUUUGGAUUAUCUGAUGACCAGUUGCAGCGAUUAGCCAAGUUCAUGAAGCAAGAAAUAAAAGACCCAGCUGACAUCCAAUCUUCUUCUGGUGUCCAGAUUAAUAUGGCAGGACUUACUCUCGAGGAAGCUGAUUGGAGUGGGUCAAUGCCGUGACGGUCUAUAUUAUUUGGAACCACUGAGCGUUGAGGGGUUGGCAAUGUCAGUUUCUGCUAAUCUUAAUUUAUGGCAUCAACGUUUGGGACAUGCUUCAGAUAAGCAAUUACAUCAUAUUGGUUUUCUUUGAGGCUCACGACGGAGCAAUAAUUUCUGUGAUUCUUGCAUACGAGCUAAGCAGACCCGUCUACCCUUUCCCAUUAGUUCUAUUAAAACAAGUAGCUGUUUUGAAUUAAUACAUUGUGAUAUUUGGGGAGGAUAUCGGUGUGACUCAAUUUCUGGUGCACGUUAUUUUUUAACCAUAGUGGAUGAUUUCUCUAGAGCUGUGUGGGUCUAUUUAAUAAAAAAUAAAUCCGAUUUUCCUCAAAUUCUGAUUCAAUUUUUCAACAUGGUGUGUACCCAAUUUGAGCAAAAGGUUAAACGCAUACGGGCCG